UUCAGGCUGUGGCUACGAAACAUCUCAGUUGCUGUGUGGAGAGAUUUGACGGAGGGACACUCCUGUACAUUGACCAUCAGUGCGCCGCAAUCCGCCCGCCUGCUCACACACACGCGCAUGUAAUGCCUCGGUGAAAUCUAGACAGUGGAGAGGACACGCAUGUGAAUAUUUUGUUUUUGCAUGUCAGGAGAGAAGGAACUAGUCGCCGGGUCCGCGGCUGUUUGUCUUUUCUUAUUGCUUCUUCCCCUCCACCCUUCAUGUCACUCUAAUUAAUCGGAGGCAUGUGGAAUCGCACCAGGAUUAGGAAUUGCCUCUCAGUAGUGUGCCUGCUGUUGGCGUUGUGGACGAAGGUGUCUCAGUCAACCGGUUAUUUCGAGCUGCAGCUGAUCUCCGUGGAGAAUGUAAACGGAGAGCUGGCGACUGGGGAGUGCUGCGACGGCUCCAGGAGCUCCCAGGACCUUCGCUGCACUCGAGACGAGUGCGACACUUACAUCAAAGUCUGCCUGAAGGAGUACCAGAUGGACGUCACCACCACCGGAUCCUGCACGUUUGGUGCUGGAUCUACGAAAGUUCUCGGUGGAAAUACGUUUUCUUUUAAGAACACCAAGAAUAGCGCGAAUAAAAUCGACGAACCUGGCAAGAUUUUGAUCCCCUUCCAGUUUGCGUGGCCGCGUACAUACACCUUGAUUGUGGAGGCCUGGGACUGGGACAACACCACACGUAAUGAUGAGGAGGAGCAGCUGAUUGAGCGCGGUUUUCACACUGGAAUGAUCAACCCUGGUGACCACUGGCAGACCAUCCUGCUUGACGGGCCGGUGGCUCGUAUUGUUUACAGUAUCCGGGUGCGGUGUGACGAGAAUUACUAUGGCAACAAAUGCAAUAAGCUGUGUGUUCCUCGGGAUGACUACUUUGGCCACUACCGCUGUGAGCCUUCAGGGGCCCAGGUGUGUCUGGAUGGCUGGAUGGGCGCAGACUGCAGGACAGCGACCUGCAAACCAGGCUGCAACCUGUUACAUGGCGGCUGCUCCGUCCCAGGCGAAUGCAAGUGUAACUAUGGCUGGACAGGUCAGUUCUGUGAUGACUGUGAGCUUCAUCCUGGAUGUGUCCACGGGACCUGCAACCAACCCUGGCAGUGCAAAUGUGAAAAGAACUGGGGUGGCCUGCUGUGUAAUAAAGAUCUGAAUUACUGUGGUCGCCACCAUCCUUGUGUCAAUGGAGGAACCUGCAUGAACACCGAACCAGACGAGUACCACUGCUCCUGUCCACAGGGCUACUCUGGAAAGAACUGUCAGAUAGCUGAGCAUGCCUGUGCAUCCAAUCCCUGCAACAACGGUGGUACAUGCAACGAGGUUCCUACAGGAUAUGAAUGUCAGUGUCCCCUGGGCUGGGAGGGUCCAACCUGUGCCAGAAAUUUAAAUGAGUGUGCCUCCAGUCCAUGUGCUCAGGGUGGAACUUGUAUUGACCUAGAGGAUGGCUUCGAGUGUGUGUGCCCUCCACAGUGGGAAGGAAAAACCUGCCAGAUUGAUGCAAAUGAGUGUGCAGGACAGCCCUGCGUGAACGCUUACUCUUGCAAAAAUUUGAUUGGUGGAUAUCACUGCGACUGUUUUCCGGGAUGGUCUGGACAAAACUGUGACAUCAAUGUCAGUGGCUGCUAUGGCCAAUGCAAGAAUGGGGCAACUUGCAAGAAGGGGCCAAGGGGUUACUACUGCCAGUGUCCUCCUGGUUUUGUGGGCACUCACUGUGAAAUCCAGAGGGAUAAAUGUGACAGCAGAACAUGUCAAAAUGGCGGACGUUGCCAUACAGUGUUGGACACCUUUGUGUGCGAAUGUCCACCAGAGUUUGCUGGCCAACUGUGCGAGAUACCUAGCUGGUCUCCCUCAGACACCUGUGAUCCAGACCCUUGUGAGAACGGGGCCACAUGCCACACCAUGGACCAGGACUUCUACUGUGCUUGUCCCGAAGGCUUCGAGGGAAAGACGUGCGAAAGGCCCAAAGAGAGUUGCCAAGCCCCUUGUCCAGUGAUUGACAUCUGCACCAUUCCUAUAGCAAUCAAUCACUCUGGAGUUCAGCACAUAUCAUCUAAUGUCUGUGGUCCGCGGGGUCAGUGCGUCAGUCAGCCAGCAGGCAACUUCACGUGCAUCUGCGAUCUGGGUUUCAGUGGCAUGUACUGUCAUGAAAAUGUUAAUGACUGCAUCAGCAACCCCUGCAGAAACGGAGGGACCUGCAUCGACGGGGUGAACUCCUUUCAGUGCCUCUGUCUGGACGGCUGGGAGGGUCAACUCUGCGACCUCAACGUCAACGAGUGCAGACACAACCCGUGUAAGAAUGGCGGACACUGUGUUGACCUGGUGAACGACUUCUACUGCGAGUGUGCUGACAAUUGGAAGGGCAAGACCUGCCACUCCCGCGAGAGGCAGUGUGAUGAAACCACCUGUAGUAAUGGGGGCACCUGCUAUGACCACGGGGAUGUCUUCCGCUGUGCCUGUCCACCUGGAUGGGGAGGAAACACAUGCAACACAGCCAAGAACAGCUCAUGUGCCUCUAGUCCUUGUUCCAAUGGUGGAACGUGUGUAGGAGGAGGAGACACCUUCUCCUGCAUCUGCAAAGAUGGCUGGGAGGGCCCCACCUGUGGACAAAACACAGACGACUGCAACCCUCAUCCAUGUUACAACGGCGGGAUUUGCGUGGACGGUAUCAAUUGGUUUCGGUGCGAGUGUGCCCCUGGUUUUGCAGGCCCAGACUGCAGAAUUAACAUCAAUGAGUGCCAGUCUUCUCCCUGUGCCUAUGGUGCCACCUGCAUUGAUGAGAUCAAUGGUUUCCGAUGCAUCUGUCCUCUUGGUAGAACAGGAACCCGAUGCAACGAGUUCAUAGGUAUUGGAAAGACAUGUCACUAUGCUGGGCUGCAGUUUCCGCAUGGCAGCCACUGGGAGGAGGAGUGCAACAGCUGCAACUGCAUCAAUGGCAAAGUGCAAUGUACCAAGGUGCUGUGUGGUCGUCAUCCAUGCCGACUCCAGCCGUCAGAGCAGGACCAGAGACAGCAGUUCUGCCCGGCUGGACGGGAGUGUCUGGAGCACAGCUACUACACCUGCUUCUCCCCCCCUUGCAAUCACUGGGGGGUUUGUGCUAUGGCUGGACCUUCACCUCCACAAGAAAGCACCAAGUGCCAGCCAAACAGCGGCCAUUUAGACAACAGCUGCGGCCGCAUAACACUUGUCUUCAACAGAGACAAAGUACCUCCUGGAACAACAGUGGAAAAUAUUUGCUUCGAGCUGAGGUAUCUACCUGACACCAGAAGAUUGGCAAAAGAUCACACCCUUCUUCUGCUUUGUGACCUUUCCCAUUCGAAUCCAGAUGCUGUAGAAGUGGCUAUAUCUUUUCACCCAGAGGACCUACCAGACCACAGUCUAGUCCAGGAGACUGCUAGUGCCAUUGUGGGCACUUUAUCCAAGCGGCACAACAGCACCAUAAUGCUUGCAGUCAUUGAAGUCAAAGUGGAAACACAGGUCAUGCCCCCUUCAGUGGACUACCUGAUUCCUCUUCUGUGUGCCCUCUUCUGUUUGCUUUGCCUGUUCUGCAUCAUUGUAUGCAUAUGGUGGACGCGCAAACGAAGAAAAGAGCGUGAGAGGACCUCACAAUCGGCUGCUGACGACAACGUGAACAACCAGUGGGAGCCACUACGUCUCGUCGUGGGGCAGCAGCAACAGCUGAAAGAAAGCAAUAGGGAGGCUGAGCAGGAACGCAAAAAACUCAUGGGCCCCUCCUGUCGGACGUGUGAUGAGGGGGAGGAGGACGAGGAGACGGAAGGCGAGCUUGAGCUUGAGGAGGAGUGUGGUGGAGCAGAGGCGGGCAAGCAGCUUGUUUAUAAGUACUCUAAGACUGCAGUGCAGUCCAGUGGGGGAGUAAUUUGUACGCUGCACAGCUCCAGUUCACCACUCAAAGCGCCCCAUCGGACCCAAAGCUACAGCCCCAAAGACAACCGCUGGAAAAAUGUUGGUGCAGUCUUGACUGGUCAGAAAGAGCUCAGAGACCAUUGUGUAUAAGAAAAAUAAACAAAGGACAAUGUGGAAGCAAAAGAGGCUGCAAGGCAGCAACUAUUCUAAGUUUCAGACAUCUUUUGGAAAGAAAAAAAAAGGCUUUGUUAUUUAAUAAGCCAUUCUUUUUGUUUUCAAGUUUUUGUCACUCAAUUUUGGAUUCAGGAGACUAGAGCACAGUGAACAGAUUUUUUUUUGCCUCUGUUUUCUUUUUUCUUUGCAUGUAGUACAAAGCUGAAAUGUCUUUUUUUUUGUUGUUUAUUUUGGAAGGCAAAAGAGGCUUUCUGCAAUUUUUUGGUUAUGGAAUUGUACCAUUUAAGAGUUAAUAAUUGUAAUGGAGUUUAAAAAAAGUGUAUAAAGAUUUUUGUUUACAAAUGAUUAUGAUUUAGUCGAACUUGUAAGUGGGCUCCUGUUCAGUGUCUGUGGGGGCAGAUACACAUUAAAGGGACUGUAAAGGAAGGGUUUAGAGGGAAACAGACUUCUGCAUCCAACCCUCCCUUUGUCGCCUUCCAGCUACGCUCACCAAUCCACCUGUGGCCGUCAUGCGCCAGCCUUACCAAAACACUUGGCCUGGAGGGGGAGAGGGGACAGAAACCCCAGUGCCUACUAUGUGGCCUUGCAUAUCUUUUUUUUUUUUCUUCUCUUGUCCCUCAGUUGUCUUGGCUGAAAGCUCUGUUUUGGGAUUUUUUGCAGUAUUUGCGUCGGUAGCAAGUGCCUUUCUAAGAGCUGUGUUGUGGCUCCAAGUCAUGCUGCCCAGUUUGACCUCCUGUUUUUUCUGAUCUCAAAGGGAUACGUGUACAUUUAAAGUUCAAUUUCACAGCAACGCCAUUAAAAGGUAUUUGAUCAAAACAAAAAUGACUACUCUGUACAUACAUGUAAAUACAUAGGAGUCGCUGUGUAUAUUUGAAAUAAGUAACUUAAAGACAAGUCACACAUUUUUAUUAUUAUUAUUUUAUUAUUAUUAUUAUUAUUUUUUUCUUUUUUACAAUGCCAUUCCUUUUAUUUAUAUCAGUCAACCCGGCAGGUUUUAUAACAAAAUCAAGAGUCUCACAGUUUGGUACCACCUAUAAAGGUCUUUCUGAAGGGUUUAUAAAUUGUUUGUCAAGGGAAUUCAAUUCUUUUUGGGGUAUACAAAGUAAAUCAAUGGUGCUUUUCAGCAUAUAAAUGAUAUUAUACAACAGAAUAACUUAAAAGACAUCACAACUUCCGCUUAUAAUUUUAAGGGUAAUUAGGCUGGAAAUGGUCCAACUCAUUUUUUUAUUGUUUUUAUUUAUUUUUAUUAUUUUUUGCUUCCACCGCCUCCCCACACACUUAACUUUGUUAAACAGUAGUAUUUUAAAGCUGCCAACAUCAUACCCUUAAGGUUUUCAAACCAUUUCUAAACCCAUCACAAACCCUUUUAUUUCAGGUGCCUUAAUGUAAUUAUUUAUGAAUAUUGUGUUAUCAAUGGUCAUAUACUUUUGUUGUUUUGUUUUCGCUAUUAAGAUAAAUAAUUUUUUUUCAGACAUUGUGUGGUGUAAUUGUGGCAUGUUUUAUUCACAUGAGUAAAGCACUCUUGUCUCAUUUUGCUAUCAUGGAGAUUUCUGGAAUAAAAACACCAAUCAAUGGGGUUGAGGGGGAAAAAAAAUUUGCAAACAAGCAAUCCACCAUAGCAGUUUUGAAUGUUAUGAAUGUGGAUGUUAGGUCAAAUGUGGAUGUCAUGCAUUAGCUUCCUGUUUGGUUCAAAGGCUUUAAUGAAGGGAACAAUGUUUGCAGAUGCAGUUUUUCUUUUGCAAUUUUGCAGACGUGUUUUAAGUUACCAUCUCAGUUUCACAUUACAGAGUUUUACCCCUUUUUCAUAUCUUUUCAUUGUCUCAGAGUCAAAACACCACUGUAUUUCUGUAAAUGGGACACAGCAAAAUAAAAAAUUAAAGAUGCAUCACUGUUGGUGUUAAAAGCUAAAUAUGUAUACUGUAUACCUUUUUAUUGAACAAGGGACAGAACAAAGUCAAGACAUUACCAUUCUCUGAGUGGAUGUUUCACUGUUCUAAAUAAUCAUUCCACUUAUUUAUUAAAGCAGUUUUGACACCUCA